UUUGCAAUACCUUGGGUUUGUAAAUUUGGAGUGUGCUAUUCCUGUACCUCAUUUUGUGUUCAGCUAAAUCUGCUGAGUACAACGAUACCCCCAUUGUAUGUCUUUGGCACUAUUUCGUGAAGCUACAGUGCCAUAUAAGAAACCUGUCCAUUUCAGUAUUUACAGUAGAAUUUUGAGAGACUGAUUUGAGAAGCCUAUGUUUCAAUUUUUGGCAUUAUAGCAGUUUGAUUGUUAAAAAAAAAAAACCCUCACAAAGGCCUUCCACUUGUAAAAAUAGACACUUCAGGGUAUUGUCACGUAUUUAUCCACUUAGAAAAAUGUGGUUAAUGGCAUUUACUUUCCACACAGGAAAAGUUGUGCAGAGCAGCAACCAAAUCCACAGAAGGGUUAAUGCUGAGCAGCAAUUAUGCAAAUGGGAACCUGGUAACUGCCUUUGGGGUCAAAGCCGGUUACAGCCGAUCAGAUCUAGAGGAGGGGUAUUUAGGCCCAGUUCUCAUCCUGCUCAGUGCCCUGUCGGAGUUUUCCUUGUGGUUGUCCGAGAGCGCGUUCCUGAUUCAAGUUUCUUCUGGUUUUUGACUUUGGCUUGGAUUUUGACUUCCCUGUAUUCUGUAUCCAUGACUUCUGGCUUUCUCUUAUCGUUGUGUCUCUUUCUGUAUCCCCUGACCUCGGCAAGUAUCCUGACUAUUCUUUGGUACGUUAAGUCCGGCCAUUCUAAGGCCCGGUAAUACAUUACCUAUUAGUCAUCUGUGUGGCACAAUUCUACGUGCUGGAUCAACUAGUAAUCCUGACAGGUAUCUCUAUUGUGCCUUAACAUGCCGCCAUUUUUUCACCAAUAUAUGUCAAAGCUUGUGGUUAAAAAAAUAAUUUUGGGAAUUUUUAACAUACGGAUUACAUUUUUGCUGGGCAUUUUGUAUAUUUGAUAUGUGCCACUAUGAUCAAAGCCCCCAAAUUAUGCUCUGCUAAGUCUUCUGAGUAAUACGAUACCCCCAAUAAAUGUCUUUGGCACGAUUUCGUGAAGCUACAGUGCCAUAUAGGCCUGUCCAUUUCAGUAUUUACAGUAGAAUUUUGAGAGACUGGUUUGAGGGGCCUAUGUUUCAAUGAGGGGGCCUCAUUCGCCGGGGGAGGGCUGCCUGGGCUGUCAGGCAGCCCUCCAGAAGAGGAUCGCUCACAUGGCCCCCUAUAGCUGGCUGUGGAUCUGCCAGCAGGGGGACUGUCUGAAGUGUCAGACAGUCCCCCUGCUGGUGGGAAAGUUAAAAAAACAAAAAAAAUAAUAAUAAUUAAACAUGUUUAAAAUAAAAAAAAAAUAUAUAUAUAUAUAUAUCUCACGUCAUACAAAGUGUAUUUUAAUAUUAAUAUAAGUACAUAUAUUAGUAUUAAAAUACACUUAUGCAUGUAGCCCAACGAAAUGUUAUUUGAACCUGUUCUAACCCAUAUAAUAUAAUAACACAUAUAAUGGAAAAGUGUAUACUUUGUGUACAAAACCAAAUAAAAUACAAAUAAAAAAAAAACAAAACAAAAAAAAAAAUACACUUAGAAUGACAUAUAUAUAUAUACAUACACACACACACUAGAGAUAUAUACACACACCACACACUAGAGAUAUUAUAUAUAUAAUUAUAUAUAUACAUAUAUACACACACACACACACACACACACACUAGAGAUUAUAUAUAUACACAUACACACACAUAUUAGAGAUAUAUAUACACACACACACGUAUAAUUACAAUAAUAAAUAAAUAAAAUAUUGAAACAAUGUAAUAUAAAUUAUAUAUUCAUAUGUAAUUUCAUUCUAAUUGUAUUUUGUUAAUAUAUAUAUGUAACAAAAUACACUUAGAAUGACAUUCUAUAUAUAUCUAUCUAUAUAUAAAAUACAAAUAACCGUGUGUGUGUGUGUGUAUAUAUACACACACACACACACAUAUACAUACAAUUACAUAAAAGAUUACAUUAGUAUACACGUAGAAUUUAAAUACCUAUAAAUGCAUAUAUAUUAAAAUUCUACGUGUAUAUUUAAGUAAUCUUUUAACAUAAUUAUGUGAUUUGAUUAAUUAAAAUUUGAUUGACGCGCCUGACAACACAGGGAGAAAGUGCAGAGAAUUUAAUUCGCAAGCACUAUAUUUGACCCUGUAACUUUCCAAGACUCCAUAAAACCUGUACAUAGGGGGUACUGUUUUACUUGGGAGACUUCGCUGAACUCAAAUAUUAGUGUUUAAAACUGGUAAAUUGUAUUACAACGAUGAUAUUUUAAGUAAAAGUGAAGUUUUUUGCAUUUUUUACAAACAAACGGCACUUUUAUGGACUAUAUUAUUGUUGUAAUAUGUUUUACUCUUUUAAAACACUAAUAUUUGUGUUUAGUGAAGUCUCCUAAGAAUAACAGUACCCCCCAUGUACAGGUUUUAUGGUGUUUUGGAAAGUUAGAGAGUCACAUAUAAGGCUUGCAUUUCAUUUUUUUGACAUUGAAAUUUGCCAGAUUGGUUAUGUUGCCUUUGAGAGCGUAUGGUAGCCCAGGAAUGAGAAUUACCCCCAUGAUGGCAUACCAUUUGCAAAAGUAGACAACCCAAAGUAUUGCAAGUGUGGUAUGUCCAGUCUUUCUGAGUAGCCACUUAGUCACAAACACUGGCCAAAUAUUAGUUUUUUGCUUUUUUCACAUAAAAACAAAUAUGAACGCUAACUUUGGCCAGUGUUUGUUACUAAGUGAAUACUAAAAAAGACUAAACAUACCCCACGUUCAAUACCUUGGGUUGUCUACUUUUUCAAAUGGUAUGCCAUUAUGGGGGUAAUUCUCAUUCCUGGGCUACCACACUGUCUCAAAGGUAACAUUACUAAUCUGGCAAAUUUCAAUUUGAAAAUGGAACAUUCUAUAUUUGAUCCUGUAACUUUCCAAAACACCAUAAAACCUGUUAAUGGGGGGUACUGUUGUCCUCUUGAGACAUCGCUGAUUACAAAUAUGUGCAUUUUCUUUGCAGUAAAACCUAACAGUAUUAUGACAUUCACAGCUAAAAUGUCAGACGGAAAUACAAAUUUAAAAAAACACAAAACUUAUUUUCUCACAUUUUUUAAAAUUUUUAUUCAUAAUAAAUUAUGUUCCAUAUAUGAAUAGUUAAUGAUAAAUUAAAGCCCUGUUUCUCCUGAACAAAAUGAUAUGUAAUAAGUGUGGGUGCACUUAAUGUAACAGCGGUGAAUUACGGUUUUACAGACAUAUAGCGCAAAUUCCAGUUUUUGUUUACAUUUUGUUUUGAUCAGAACGUGCACUAUUGACUCUGUCCUGAAGGGGUUAAUAAAUGUUUCAUUGUUUUCCAGGUUGCCAAGAAAACAUUGUGAAGAUGAAUUUUUUCUUUGAGACGCUGAAAGUUCUGUUUCUUACAAUUUACUUGAUAUUUGAAUCACUCAUCUUGUGGAUAAUUCCUUCUCGGAGGAAGAAUGUAGCUGGUGAAUUAGUGCUAAUUACUGGAGCGGGCAGUGGAAUAGGACGGCUCUUAGCACUGGAAUUUGCCCGUCUCGGUGCUACAUUGAUUUUGUGGGAUAUUAAUCAAGAAGGAAAUAAAGAGACAAGUAGACUGGCCAAAGAAAAUGGUGCUGUCCGAGUACAUACAUACACAUGUGACUGCAGCAAGAGGGAAGAUGUGUACAAAGUGGCCGACCAGGUAAAAUCAUGUAAAAAAAAAAAAAUAUUCAUACACACACACACACACACACACACACAAUGGUAGGGGUACCUAUGAGAAAUGGAGCUUCUGCAUUAAUCAGAAAUGAUGCACCCAUGUCAGUUUUGCCUAACUUGUGCCACUGCAGGGUUUAACUCCGUAGAGCUAGCAGAAGUUUCUGCUUAGGAAACUCCAGUUCCCCAGGUUUAGUAGCGGAGGUCAACUAUAUUUCAUUGUCUUUGUAUGUACACUGUACAGUGAUGACAAUAAAGCUAAAUCUUAAAUCGGGAAAAUACCUCGCUGUGCCAAUCAGCAUCUCCUCAUAGAGAUGCUUUGAAUCAAUGCAUCUCUAUGAGGAAAUAUUUCUCCACCCAGAGCGUGCAGACGGUGAACGCCAGUGCUGAUCUAGGAACCACCUCAAGUGGCCGUCUGAGUGACAGACCCUGGAGGUCAUUCUAGGCAGCAAUGUAAAGACUGCCUUUUCUCUAAAACAAAAAGGGAGUGUUUGCAUUGAAAGGCCUUCAGGGACAUGCUGUAGUCAUCAAAACCACUACAUGUAGUUUUUAUGGUUCUGGUUACUAUAGUGUCCCUUUAAGUUGUAUUUUCAUGAAGGUCACCUUUAACUUCAUGGAAGUUUUAACCCCUUAAGACCGGAGGGCGUACUAUUACGCCCUAUUCUAAGCGGCUCUAAACGCCGCCGGGCGUAAUAGUACGCCCUCCGGUCUUUCGGUACUUACCCGGUCGCCGGCGAUCGCACGCCGGCGAUCGCGGUGGGGGGGACUCCCAGGGAGCCCCCUGCGGCACAUCCGUCCUCCUCGAAGCCCCCCGGCCAUGUGAGAGUGGGGUCCUUGCGAGGACUCCACAAUCACAUGGCCGGGGGUAGCUGCCUCCUGCAUUGCCAGCAGGUGGACUGCCUGUAAUGACAGGUGGCCCCCCUGCUGGCUGAAAAUAAAAAUAAAAUAAAUAAAUAGUGUAAAAAAUAAUAAUAAGUAUAUAUAUAUAUAUAUAUAUACACAUAUACAUACACACACGUACACCGUCUAGGUGUAUUUUACUAUUAAUAUAUAUAUAUUAAUAUCAAAUUACACGUAGACUGAUACUGAUUAAAUAUAUAUAAUUAUUGUUAUAUAUAUAUAUUUAUAUAUAAUAUAAAAAAAUAAAAAUGUAAAUACGUUAAAAAAUAAAAUUUAAAAAUUAAAAAUAAAUAAUUAAAAAAUAUAUAGAUGUGUGUUAUUUCGUUCUAACUGUAUUGUGAAAUUAAUAUAUAUAUCAAAAUACACGUAGAACGAAAUAAUAUAUAUAUAUCUAUAUACAUAAAUAUAUACGUAUAUAUCACUAUAUAUAUAUAUAUACACACACACACACCUAUAUAUAAAUAAAAAUAUUUAAAAAAAUUAUAUAGAAAUAUACAUAUAUUAUACACAUACGUAUAUAUAUACACACAUAUAUUAAUUCUUCAUAUAGUUGAAUGACGGAGACCCUUGAAACAAGGGGAUCCCAGAAGUAGCUGCUGAACUUAACAGAAUAAAUAGUAUAGUUACCAGGUGGCAAGUAGAGAAAAAGAGGGGGCUGUACUUGUAAGUGGAUAAAAGGGUGAAGGGGAAUAAAUAGAAAUACCCAUAUAUACCCUAUAUAAGCCACUGCUAGUUGUAUUUAAUAGCAGCAAAGGAAUGUCCCUUUAACAAAAAAAAAAAAAGGGAGACUCUAGCAUUCAUACUAGAAAAAAUGUCCAAAAUUAGGACACCUAAGUUGCAAAAAUACAAUAAGGCAACACAAAAUAUGUGUAAUACAUAAAUCACCCCACUAAUAUAAAGGCAAGCAAACAGGAGCCUAUGCAAACAUGAAUAGGAGAAAAGAGAGCAAAGGAGGACAGGGGCAGACCCACUAAGGACAAGCCCUAAGUCCAGAGGAGACCCCCAGGACCAAAGAAUGCCUGCCUAGAGAAAACUCUAAAUGCCAAAUAAUAAAUUGCUAACUAUACUAACUAAAUCAAACAUACUAACUACCUAAGUGCUACCUAAUGUGAGAAAAAAAAGAUAAAUCAAAUAAGGCGCUCGACACGCGUUUCAGCGUGCAUACACGCCGUCGUCAGGAGCUAUUGCAAAUGCAGUUCCUAUUGAAGCCGGUUAAAUACCUGAGCAAUCAGAAAAAAGUCCCUCCAGCUGGUCCAGCGCGUGGGAGGAGUGGGUGAUUGACAUGGAGUCACCACUCCUCCUCAACCCUGUCAUUGCUUAUGCUGGAGUCUCAUUGGAAAAUAACAAAGUCAAUCACUGAGAGGUGGGGGAGGGACUUAUGCAUAAUCAGAACACACCUAUCCAAACCCUGCUGCUCACAUGGGGAUAACCAUUGGAAGAUCUAUCAGUCAAUCAAUACAGGAGGAGGGUGCAAAAUCAAGCAUCCCUCCUCCUGAUAACAAAACUAACAUAAACCUAACUAGCCAAUAUAUAUAUCAAUGAGAAGUAUCAAAAUGUAUAGUUAAGCCCCCCUCCCUCUAACAGCACCUCUGGCAUGAAACUGGCUGACAGAUCACACAGUCAGUCAUUAUGCCAAAUAUUGAUUAUAUAAAAUGCCUCCAGAUGCAUAAAAGCAUUAAAGGCAUAUAAUACAGCUCUUGUAACUUGGUGACCCCAAAAAAUUAUAAUAACAGUCAAAAAGAAUUAAGUUGUAAAAAGUAAUUAGUUAAUUAUCCUCUAUAUACCUGGACAUAUACACGUAAAUUUGCCAGGACAUUAAAAUAUAGCACCCUGCUGUAUAAUGCUUCCACUGGGAUUCAUAUUUAUUAAUAAUGGCAAUUAAGUAUAAGGCUUAAGUUAGGUUUACACUACAGAGGGUUAUAUAUUCUUUAUACUUUACAAAUAAUGAAACAGCGUUUCAAAUCAGGAUUGACUGUGACUACUGGUUAAUCUCAAAAGAAAUUCACCACCAUUUAAGGCAGCUAUGUAAUAUAAUAAGGUAUGAAACCUAUUAGGAACCAUGUGACUAAUGCGAAAGAGAAAGAGAAUUUAUUAUUGAGUUAUUUACAUAUUUACAGACAGCAAACGAUUAUUAUAAGGUAGAUCAGAUGGUUGUAUAGAAACUGUUGGUGGAAAUACCUAUCAGUCUACAAAAAUGAUGAGAAUGAAAAACCUUUAUUCAAUCCCUGUGGUGACAGUGUUUUCAAUUUAUAUAUCCAGUAGGAUUCUCUUUGUUUGAGCCUACGAUCCCAACAUGUCAAAAGGUAGAUGACUCCCUCUGUACGGCAAUUGAAGAAAGACUGUACAGAAUGAGAGUCAAGAUUCAAACUGUCGAAAAAAAUCUUUGUUUCUUUACCUAUGUACUGACAGGCACUACAGUGACCGCAUCUAUAAGUGCCUUUAGCUAAAUAGGAUUUAGAAGUUUUAUUAAAUGGACCAAAGUGGCUAGGUACCAAGAGGUCCUUAAAGUUCUUCCCUCUACGUGCCGUAACGGAAGGAAAAGGAGAGAUGACUGAUUUGAUAUGGACAUCUGAUGUCAGGAUCGGCCAAUAUCUGCCGAGAAUCUGCAGCAUUGUGUGCCAACCUGCAUCAUGUGUCCCAAUACAGCGAAUCUGAUGGCUAGAGGGUAAAAUUUUGUCCUCAAGAAGAUUCAUUCUGUCUGAGUUUAAUGCCCUUGAGUAUGCCUUUUUAAGAACUCUGUUUGGGUACCCUUUUUACUUGAAAGAUUUCCGCAAAUUAGCGGCCUUUAUCUUAAAAUCUUCGAGGGUUGAGCAGUUUCUACGUAAACGCAGAUAUUGCCCAAUCGGGAUACCCGCUUUGGAGGGAUAGGGAUGAUAACUAUCCCAGUUUAGAAGGCUAUUUGUAGCUGUUACUUUACGGUACAAUGUUGUGGAUAUUCUACCGUCCUCUUGUAAUGACAGAGUGAUGUCUAGAAAGUUCAAAUGUUUACCCCCAAUUUCACUGGUGAAACGUAAAUUCAAGACGUUCACAUUCAGCAGCCGUACAAAUUCGUUGAAAUCAUUUAUUGUACCCAGCCACACGCUGAAUACAUCGUCGAUGUAAUGUUUCCAGCAAUGUAUUUUGGUCAAAAAUUGAGACAAGCAUUCGUCAGUUUGAAGGUUCUUUUCCCAUGUACCCAAGUAUAGGUUCGCGUAUGAAGGGGCACAAGAUGUGCCCAUCGCUGUACCCAUUAUCUGAUGGUAAAUUGUACCAUUAAAGAGAAAGAUGUUUUUAGUGAGCACAAGAGUAAGGACUUUACAGGCAAAUUCUAUGUAUUCCAAGGAGAAAUUUGAUUGUAGCUGUAGAGUUAGUCUUAAGUUCUCAAUCCCCAAAGUAUGUGGGAUAGAGCCAUAAAGAGACUCCACAUCAAGGCUACAUAAUAAUGCCUCCCUAGGUACAAUGGUAUUUUCCAUAAGUUGUAACAUUUGUUUUGUAUCCCUUACAUACGAGGGAAGUUUUAGUACAAAUGGACUCAUUAUCUUAUCAAGAUAUAUACUCCUAUUUUGAGUCAAAUUGCCUGUGCCAGAGACUAUUGGACGCCCAGUAGGACUAGUUAAAGACUUGUGAAUUUUUGGAAGGCUAUAGAAUGUGGAUGUCAUAAGAUAACUUGUGAACAUGAAUUUAAAUUCAUCUUUUGUGAUGAAUUUGUUGUCAAGUGCUUGUGACAGUAAACUUUUCGCUUCAAUAAUAUAUUCAGUAGUAGGAUCGUUUUGUAGGACUGGAUAUGUCUUAGUGUCACUUAGAAGACAAUUGACCAUCGAUAUAUAUUGAGAGCGAUCCAUUAUAACUAUAUUGCCCCCCUUGUCGGAGGGUUUGAUAAUUAUAUUCAUGUUGGUGCACAGGGAUUUGAGAGCUUUUACCUCAGUAUUCGUUAGGUUUCCACUAGACUUAAAGUCCAGAUCAUUAGGGUUUAUUUUAUCAAUAUCCCUGCAGACCAUUUCCAGAAAAACUUCCACAUUCUUAUAAUCUUUGAAAUGAGGUGUAAAUGUGCCCUUAGGUUUUAAAUCCGUUGAGGGCACAUUAUUUGGUUUUACAUCCUCAUUAGAUUGUAGUAAUUCAACUAGAGUGUCUAGACAGUCCAGAUCUUUAACAUUCAAUCCUAAAUCUCGUGCUUUCUGUUCCUUCCUAGCUGUAUGGUAUUUAAACAAAGCCAAUUUACGAGCGAAAAGAUGUAAAUCUUUGGUCCAAAUAAAUUUAUUAAAUGGAGGAAUGGGUACAAACGUCAAACCUUUCUGCAAGACUAAGUUCUCUGUCUCUUCUUCAUAUAUAUUUAUGUAAUAUUUUUACAUAAUUAGGUAACUUAAUUAAUUACAAUUAGCAGGACCUGUCUGACAACCCAUGCCGAAAGUAAAGGGAAUUUAAUUUGCUAGCACUAUAUUUAACCCUAUAACUUUCCGAGACACCAUAAAACCUGUACAUGGGGGCUACUGUUCUACUCGGGAGACUUCGCUGAACACAAAUAUUAGUGUUUCAAAACAGUAAAAUGUAUUACAACGAUGAUAUCGCCAGUAAAAGUGACGUUUUUUCAUUUUUCACGCACAAACAGCAUUACACGGACAAUAUUAUUGCUGUGAUACUUUUUACUGUUUUGAAACACAAAUAUUUGUGUUCAGCGAAGUCUCCCGAGUACAACAGUACCCCUCAUGUACAGGUUUUAUGGUGUUUUCAAAAGUUACAGCGUCAAAUAUAAGGCUUGCGUUUCAUUUUUUUCACAUUAAAAUUCGCCAGAUUGGUUACGUUGCCUUUGAGACCCUAUGGUAGCCCAAGAAUGAAAAUUACCCCUAUGAUGGCAUACCACUUGCAAUAGUAGACAACCCAAGGUAUUGCAAACAGGAUAUGUCCAGUCUUUUUUAGUAGCCACUUAGUCACAAACACUGGCCAAAAUUGGCGUUUUUUGCAUUUUUCACACACAAACAAAUACUAACGCUAACUUUGGCCAGUGUUUGUGACCAAAUGGCUACUAAAAAAGACUGGACAUACCCCAUUUGCAAUACCUUGGGUUGUCUACUAUUGCAAAUGGUAUGCCAUUAUGGGUGUAAAUUUCAUUCCUGGGCUACUAUACAGUCUCAAAGGCAACGUAACCAAUCUGGCGAAUUUCAAUUUCAAAUGUAACGUGCUAUAUUUGACCCUGUAACUUCCCAAAACGCCAUAAAACCUGUACAUAGGGGGUACUGUCUUACACGUGAGACUUUACUGAAUACAAAUAUGUGUAUUUUAUUGCAGUAAAAGCAAACAGUAUUAUGACAUUGACCGUUAAAAUGUCAUGUAGAACUAAAAAAAAAUCAAAACAAAAUCGUAUUUUCUCCCAUUUUUUUCAUAUUAAAUUAUGUUUCAUAGCUAAAUAUUUGAUAUUAAAUGAAAGCCCUGUUUCCCCUGAAUAAAAUGAUAUAUAAUAAGGGUGGGUGCAUUUACUAUGAAAGAGGUGAAUUACGGUUGGACAGACGUAGCGCAAAUGCCAGGUUUUGUUUACAUUUUGUUUUGGUCACAACGUGUACAUUUGGCUCCGUCCUUAAGGGGUUAAUUAGUGGGUAUAUCUACUAAACAGUGUUUUUUGUUUGCAGUGGAGGGGCACUUUAAUUUAAGGGAACUACUGAGCAACUUGUAUAACCAUUCAUGACAUUUCAUUCACCAAAAUGUGUAUAUAUAGUGGAAAACCUAGAGAAUAUAAGCAUACGCUUUAUAUGCUCAUUUAUCUCAUGCAUAAUACAAUGUUCCACAAUGUUUGACCUCCACAGGUGACUUUGUUUUCAGAAAUGUGGCAGGGUUUCUAUUAUUUGUGUAGGAUGGAAUUAAGACAUCUUCGGACUAUGGAACACUGCAUUCCACGUGCUUAAGGCAUGAGUUACCUGUUUUUUUGCUUGUAUAUGCCUCCUUAUUGCUGCACCUACUUUACACUGCAAGUUAUUAGAGUUUAUUGACCAAAGUCCUGUUCCAAACACAGCUAUCAUCACAUCAUCGUAAUAUAGAAAUUAAAUAAUCAACAGAAAUAUUUCUGUUCUUUAUAAUGAAAGUUCCACACAAACACAAGAAUCUCAGAGGCAUACAAAAAUGGGAAAUUGUACCUUAACCCCUUAAGGACAAAACUUCUGGAAUAAAAGGGAAUCAUGACAUGUCACACAUGUUAUGUGUCCUUAAGGGGUUUAAGGAACACUUUGAUGUAUGAAAUGCUUGAAUUUCUACAUGGUGUAUACAGUGUAAAAUAUAUUGAUUUACUCACUUCUCCUCUGUUCCAGAGCCACUUCGUUGGUGUUACUCUUCACGUAACAUCCACAUCCAGGCCUUCCUCGGCUCCACCUGGUCUCUUCUUUAAUUUGACCUUCUUGGGACGCAUCCCCAAGCAGAGCAAAUCUCAGUAAUGUCAGUUUGUUGACUUCUUUUCCAGUGUGCCAGCAUCAGAAUGGAGUGAUGACACUCCGUUGCUAUACUCCCAGGGAGUAAAUGUAUAUGUAAUGUAUAUACAGAAACGUGUCUACGGAAUCUAAUGAGCAUUUAUUGUUUGGGGCAUGACAGGGGUUUCAUGGCUUUAGAAAAAAUAAUCAGCAUCAGAGAUUAAACACUCCGUUGAUUUUAUUUUUUACAGCUUGGUAGAAUACCCCAUUGAAAAUAUGCCUUCUUUUAUUCCUGCAUGCUUUCAUUGGGGAUACAUCUAAAAUAUCAAUAGUUCCUCUUUUUAUAUGGGGAGAUUACUCUGUAGCCAUAAGUGACAAGGGAAGAAUUGGUAACUGUAGGUAACAUAAAAAGAACAUAUUCCACAAUCAUAUACUUCAUUUGCAUUCAAACUGACAAUCCACCUAUACCUCCCUUCAUUCACAUACACACUGACCCAAAAUGCAAAUAUUCCUGCAUUCACACACUCACCUGAGCCAUAAUUUUACCCUUGUAUUAAGAUACAUAGACACUACAUGGCUUGGGCACUAUCAAAAGGAAAUGCGGUUCACGUGUGUUUCAUGUUGUGAGUACUUUUUUUUGCUAAUAGCUGGAGGCCUGAAAUUGUGAAUCCCGGUGAAACAGUUGUAGAAUGAUUGAUUGAUUAAUUGAGCUAAUUUUAAAGCUACAUAAUGGGUUGCUAAAUUAAUGCAAUGUAAAUUAUUUGUAUCACUGCAACAAAAUGUUAAGAACCACUGACAUAAAUAAUAGUAAUCGUGUGCUUGCCUUUUAUUAGGCAUUGCACACUUUAUAAUCUCACCUAUCUCAUGCUGAUUUGGUGCUGCUCACCAGUAGAAUGAGGACAUCUGGAGGUGCACACCAGGAUUUGAACUGAUGACAUCAGGUUGUAUGCAAAUGUCACCAGUGCACUCACUAACUAAAUGAGUAUUGCUUUCACUUUUGCCACACACCCCUCCUUCCCAGCAUUGGAUGUUAUUAAUAUAGAUCUCAGUUUCUUUAUUCCAGAUCUCUCAUUACCAGGUGGUUUAGUAAAAAAAAUGUAUUAACCAACAACUGAAUGGCUAAAUUUGGUUAUGCUUCUUGCAUGAGUGAGUUGCAUUAUACGGUAUGAGGUCUUUCCUGGUUAACUUUGAUAUUCGGUACAAAGUACCAUCAUAGAGAAGCAUUUGAUUGGUCCAAUUUCCAGGCUCAAAGCAUAUGCGUGUACUCUGAGCGAGGGAGGACAAGGAGAGUGGACAGAGGAAGGACAAUGGGGUGGACAAAGGGACGAGACUAGGGGGAAAAAAAUUGAAUAAAGCUGAAUGUAGGGAGGCCCGGGAGGACUGAUAGCAGGCACAGCCAAAAGAGGGAGGCAGGGGAGGCUCAUUAACUCUGUCACCAGUAAUCCGUGCUCUCUGAUGACAGGUGUAAUGUCUUCACAGAAUAGACAUUAGGCAGUCCAAAACAGAGCUCCAGUUACAGGGGUGUAACUAGCUGUCGGCACAAAAGUGUAUGUUUCUUUGUAUGUGCAGUGUUUCAAGCAGAAACCCUGUGUAUACAGAUUCCUACCUCCAUGACCACUUCUCAAAGUAGAAGUGGUUAUGGAUAUUGGAGUAACCCUUUAGUGCCUGUUUAGAUUGGUUAAAAUUUACAAAGGAUGCAGGCCAUAAGCAACUAGGUAAAGUGGGAUGGUAGCCCCUGCUCAAUGUUUAAGUUUAUUUUUAUUGCAUUACAUUAAUAAUACAAUAACCUUAUCUUACAACUGUUUUACUUUUUUCAUUUGGCCAGGUCAAGAAAGAAGUUGGAGAUAUCACUAUCCUAAUUAAUAAUGCUGGGAUUGUAACUGGAAAGAAAUUUAUUGACUCACCGGAUUCUCUGUUGGAGAAAACUAUGCAAGUGAACGUCAUGGCACACUUCUGGGUAACUCUUGACAUUCCUUGAUGCUCAUGAUACUUAUGUAUUGCAAGAAUUAAUAGUACACUCUGCCAGGGAGUUCUCACAAAGAAUAACCCCAUUUUUAUUUAUUUCUAAGAAUUGUUAGGAUUCUUAUAGUAAAUUAUAGUCACACUAACCCCCACAAAUUUUUUUGUUUUUAUGGAAAGAAAGAAUGGAAACAUAAUUACAUGGAGACAUUAAGGGAAUACUUUAGUGUCAGGAAUAAAAACAUGUAUUUCUGACACUGUAGCCCUGAAGGGGCUCUUUAGGUUAUCGGCCUCCCUCCGAUCUUAGUAAAAAUAUAGACUAGCAUGUUUUAUUACAUUUCCUUAUAACUUCUAAUCUUCAUGUCUAGAAAAAAUAUCAGCCCAUAAGUUUAGUAUCUUAAACUUUAUCUUAAAUUGUUUGUGCAGAACCCUCCAAAUGCCUUACAAUAUUAUGUCAUGUAACCUGAGCACUCGCACUUGCUGUUGGGGUACUGCUAGGGAUGCACCGAAAAUAAAAAUUCUGGUCUGAAACCGAAAAUUCAGGAUGCCCUUGACCGAAAAAUGACUUUUUUCCCCAAAAUGAUUUGUGUAGCUUAUGUAGUGUGUGUAUGGAAUAUAGUGAGGUGUGGGAAAGGGAUGUAGUGUGUAUGUGUGUAGGUCAUAUAGUGUGUGUAGGGAACAUGGUGUGGUGCAGUAUUGAGAUGUAGUGUGUGUAGAACACGGUGUGGUAUGGGAUAGGGAUGUAGUUUGUAUGUUUGUAGAGUGUGUAAGGCACAUAGUGUGGGGUGGGCUAGGGAUGUAGUGUGUGUAGGACACAUAGUGUGGGGUGGGAUAGGGAUUGCAGAGUGAGGGAGUGGCAGAGCGUGGGAGGAAGGGGAUGACAGAGCAUAGUAGGGAGUGACAGGUGACAGAGCAUGGUAGGGAGUGACAGGUGACAGAGUGUGGGAGGGAGUGACGGGUGGCAGAGUGUGGGAAGGGGGGGUGACAGGUGGCAGAGUGAGGGGUGACAUAGGGAGGGGGUGCCUAGUGGCAGAGUGUGGGAGGGAGGGGGCGACUGGUGACAGAGGGAGGGGGUGACUGGUGGCAGAGGGAGGGAGGGGGUGACAGAGUGAAUAGGUGACCGGUGACAGAGUGAAGGAGUGACUGGAGACAGAGUGAGGAAGGAGGUUACUGGUGGCAGAGUGAGGGAGGGAGAGGGUGACUGGUGACAUAGUGACUGAGGUAUGAGGUGACUGGUGGCAGAGUGACUGAGGGAGGUGGUGACUGUCACAUUUCACUCUAUCAUCCCCUCCCUCUGUCACCAGUCACCCUCUCCCUCCCUUACUCUGCCACCAGUCUGAGGGAGGGGGGUGACAGAGUGACAUAGUGACUGGUGACAAUGACUGAGGGAGGGGGUGACUGGUGACAGAGGGUGUUAGAAAUACUUUUUUUUCAUACCCUAGUGGUCCAGUGUCCUAGCCCCCUGGUGGUCCAGUGGGCUAUCUUCCCAUGCUGCAGCUCCGCUGGGUGUGAGGUGCAGAUUGUGCUGUAUCUCGAGAUAUCCAGAAUUUAGAGCGUUGCCGUGGUGACCCACGGCAACGCUCUGAUUGGCCAGAGAUCACGAGAUACAGCACAUUCUGCAGCUCACACCCGGUGGAGCUACAUACAGUACUGCCUCUCUCCCUGUGCAGAUAAGAUAGUCCACCCACCCGGCGGCACACGGAGCAAGCCACCAGCCCCCUCCCGAUGUCAGCACUCUGCUACUAGCCCACAGCAGGGCUGAAAAGAUAAAAUAACUACAGUUCUGGGCGUAGGGCGAUAGGAAUUGCGCAUCCCUGGUAAUUUUCGAAAUUUCGGUGCUUCCCCAGGUACUGCAAGCAUGUUUUUGUAUCUUUGUGCACAGCAACAAAAAAAUUAAAAAAGGAUAAUUUAUUUUUUUUAAAAGGUGAUUUUACUCACCUUUUCUCCCACAUCUCACGGGUCUCUCUGCGGCUGGCUACGCCUCCAUGGCUGAAAUAAUCAAUCUUAUUAGCAUUGGGAGGCUGGGAGAUAUUGCAGGAAUAUUAAUGAAACAAUUUGAAUUGUUUGUAUAAGAAAAGUGAUUGCUAUUGGUAUUUACCUUAUUUUACAGACCUGUAAAGCCUUCCUUCCAGCAAUGAUGGCCUCCAACCAUGGUCAUUUGGUUAGCAUUGCAAGUUCUGCUGGACUGAUUGGAGUCAAUGGACUAGCAGGUAAACAAAGCGAUAUUAUGAAUCUUCCCCCUGAGUUUGUAUGCUUCCUUCCAUUCAUUUCAAAUGUGAUUUAAAUGCUAUCUGUCACCCAGUCAGGGAUUUAUAAUAUGUACAUAAAAAAACUAAAGAUGUUUGUACAUAUAAUUAUGCAGGUAUUGAAUUCAAGAGAUUGUGAUUAUUUAAGUGACAAUUCUUUAAUUCAGGGUUUACUGGUGUACUAUUGUAGGUUUUUUGUUGUUGGUUAUUUUAGGAAAGCUGUAGAAAGAUAUUUCUAAUUUGAAACCCUUUUUUGUUUGCAUUUAUUGCACAAUAUAUUCAGACUAUAAACCAGUUUGAGCAGAGGUGUCAUCUACUCUUGUGCAGUUAUAUUAAAUGAUUUGGUACAAUGCUGCCGAGUAUGUUUUAAUGGUAAGAACAGUAAUCACUUGUUGGGUUGUAUCCUGCAACAUGCUAGGUUUCUGGCUUUAAUUGAAUUAGACCAAUGGUAUUAGAAAGCAGACGGCCUGACCCUCACAGAAAGUAAACCUAAGUGAUAGAUACAUAUAUCUUUAUGUAGCUGUGGAAGAUGACCUUUGAAAUGGUUAAAGGAUAUUAGAUUAUCAGAAGCAUUUAAUCUCAUGACUAAAGUGCAAUGUGCAUAUAUCCACAGACAACCUGAGUAUGUUAAAACACGUGUCAGACUAAAAAAACAAUUCUAUUCAUCCCUAGAUUUAUACACAAAAAUAUGCAAAGCAAAUGUGUAAUAAAUGGCGCUAAUUACAACAAAAAACUGCAGCUGAAAUACACUGUGGGAUUAAUCAUGUCAAACCCACCAAUAAACAAAAACAAACACAAACAAUACAAAAUAGCGUACAGCGCAUAUAAUAGUAUGGAAUGUACUAUAGGUCCGUACCCUUUACCAUAUCAAAAUAUAGUGCCUAUAAGUGGCCCAAAGGUGUGUGUAUAUAAAAAUGGAUAUACCCAAUAUUCUGUAAUAGGGAUCACUGCAAGGGUAAACACAAACACUAUCAUAGGGCAAUACUGUAUAGUCUUUAUAAUAUAUGGUAAUAAAAUCAGAAGAAAUCCUAAAGCCCAUCCAACUACCUCCCUAUCUCGCUACUGUCAUUUGCCUCCAAGAUCCUCGAGAGAGUUGUGUACACCAGAUUGACUGACUUUCUCGGUUUCCAACUCUCUGCUUGACCCCCUUCAGUCUGGAUUCCGUGCUGGUCAUUCGGUCAAAACGGCUGUGACCAAAGUAUCAAACAAUUUAAUUGCUGCUUAAUCUCGCUGCCAUUACUCUAUCUUAAUUCUUCUUGAUCUUUCUGCUGCCUUUGACACUGUUGAUCAUCACCUCUCCCUCUCCCAGUGCUCUUUCAGUGUUUCUGACUCUGCCUCUUCCCCCCUAUCACUCUCUGUCGGCGUCCACCAAGGUUCUGUCCUUGGUCCCCUACUGUUCUCUAUCUAUACCGCCUCCCUUGGUAAACUCAUCAGCAACUUUGCUUCCGUUAUCAUUUCUAUGCAGAUGACACGCAAAUCUACCUGUCCACUCCUGAUCUCUCUCCGUCCAUCUUGACUCGUGUCUCUGACUGCCUCUCUGCGAUUUCCAACUGGAUGGCUGCUCACUUCCUUAAACUCCAACCUGUCCAAAACAGAACUUCUAGUUUUUCCUCCCUCAAGUGUUAACACUCCAGUGUCUGUCUCCCUCCAAGUCAACGGCGCUACCAUCACCUCUAACUUGCAGGCUCGCUGCCUGGGUGUUCUUUUUGACUCCAAUCUCUCCUUCACCCAUCAUGUCCAAUCAAUCGCCAAAUCCUGUUGCUUCCAUCUCAAAAACAUAGCGCUCAUCCACCCCUAUUUAACGCCAGAUGCGGCUACUCUGCUAGUCUAUGCUGUUGUUCUCUCUCGUCUUGACUACUUCAAUCCCCUUCUCAGUGGUCUUAUGUGUUCCCAGAUUGCACCGCUGCAAUCUAUAAUGAAUGCGGCGUCGAGGCUCAUUUUCCUGUCCGCUCGCACCUCCCACACCUCCCCUCUGUCAGUCCCUGCAUUGGCUUCCAGUUAGAUAUAGGGCUCAAUUUAAAAUUCUGGUGCUUGCUUACAAGUCCCUACAUAAUGCUGCUCUAACCUACCUAUCCUCCCUAAUACACAAUUAUGUCCCGUUGAGGCCCCUACGCUCUGCCAAAGACUUGCGUAUAUCUUCUGUCUGUACUCCCACCUCUAAUGCUCGCCUCCAAGAUUUCUCCAGGGCUGCACCUCUUCUGUGGAACUCCCUUCCCUUCUCCGUAAGAAUUUCACCCAGUCUCCACUCAUUCAAAAAAUCAUUGAAAACUCACUUCAAUAAAGCAUAUCAAUUAAACUGUUAGCAGGUUUUUAUCCCCCCAAAAAAUUACCUACUAAGCCCUCAGUGAAUACUUUUCUAACAACCUGCUUCAUACCCCUACUUUUACCCUUUGUGUCACUAUACCCCACUCCCUCUAGAAUCUAAGCUCAUUGAGCAGGACCCUCCACCUCUCUGUUCCAGUACGUCCAGUUGGUUACAAUUACAUGUCUGUUAGUCCACCUAUUGUACAGCGCUACGGAAUUUAUAUAUAAAUAAUAAAAUUAAAAUAAUAAUAAUAUAGUUAUCACACUCACAUUUCUCUGCGCCUGUCUUAAUAACUGGCUUUGAUAAUUCAGCUUUGGUGUCAUUUUAUAGCUUCAGAUGAAGUUUUAAAGAUGACUUGCUCCUCAGUGGUGAAAAACAGGAAAGGCAAAACCAGUUAAGAUAAAAGUAGAUAUUUAUUUCAAAAUGUAAUAUUAAGGUAACUGGUGUGCCAAAUUCCAGAUUUCACAAUAUACAGCAAGCACAACGCGUUUCAACACUUUUCAUUUGUCUUUCUCAGAUGCUAUCUGUAGAUUUAUGUUGGAUAUGUAAAAAAUACAUUGCUGAAAAUUGACUAUUUUUAGUGCUAAUAUUUGGCACGUUUUUUUUUUCAGUUAAUAUUGGCAUUGAUAUUCCAUGUACCAGGUGCUUAAAGGGACACUAUCGUCACCAGAACAACUACAGCUUAUUGAAUUUGUUCUGGUGAGUAGAAUCAUUACCUUCAGGCUUUUUGCUGUAAACACGGUCUUUUCAGAGAAAAUGCAGUGUUUACUUUACAGCCUAGGGAUAACUACACUGGCCACUCCUCAGAUAGCUGUUAGAGAUACUUCAUGGGUCAUGGCUGCUUAAAAUGCAUCCACACAUUCAGUAUCUCCUCCCUCUGCAUGCAGACACUGAACUUUCUUCAUAGAGAUUCAUUUAUUCAGUUCAUCUCUGAGGAGAUGCUGAUUGGCCAGGGCUGUGUGUGAAUCAUGCUGGCUCUGCCCCUGAUCUGCCUCUUUGUCAGUCUCAGCCAAUCUUAUGGGGAAGCAUUGUGAUUGGAUCAGGCCACCACUUCUAAUGAUGUCAGCAGACUGCUUGUUUUUCUGAGGCAAACAUGCAGAGUUACAGCUUCAAGCUUGAAUACAGUAAGAUGUUGCUAUAUUUAUGGAGGCAUGAGUGGCACAGGGGGGCUAGAUGGUGGUUUUAACACUAUAGGGUCAGGAAUACAUGUUUGUGUUCCUGACCCUUUAGUGAUACUUUAAUAAUGUUCUCCUAUUCUGCUGCUACUACUAUAAUAAACUGCAUUGAAUUGACAUUUUUUUAGAGUUCAUAAACUCCUCUUUGACAUUGGACUUACUACUGCCUUUAUUUACCCGCUGUCACUGGCUGUUUACUGAUUUUAAAUAUUCUGCUUUCUUUAUUGUUUUCUGUUUAAAAUAUAAAUGGCAUGAUUGGAAAAGAUUCUACACCACCAAAGUUGAUGGGAAGAGAUUGCACAUUUCAUGGUUUGUUUUUUUUGUUUUUGUUGCAAACUAACAUUACUAUUUACACAAAGCUUUUGUUAUCUUGUUUAAAACCAUCUUUGGAUAAUUCUCUUUCAUUUCUGACCUUUACAAAUGCCUAUCAACGUUUCAAGAGUUUCUCAUACUUUUUUGUUCCGAAUGUCACCAAACAUUUGCCCAAUUUUCUAGUCUUCAUAUUCUUCUUCAAAACAUAUCUCUUCACCUGUUGAUUACAUGGUGAGUCAAUACUCAGUGGCAUUCAUUAAUUAGCUGAACCAAAAUCCUAACAGCCCUGAUUUGCACACAUAUGUACUGGUUAGUUUGUGAACGCUCAUCUUAAAUACAGUGUGCAUUAUUCAUCUAGAUGAAGUGGCUAUGGUGGCAGCAGUCCCUGUGAGUGCUGUUUUACCUUCAGAUGUUAAACAGGUUUUGAACAAUUUAACUACGAAGAUGGUAAGGUCAAAAAGUUGAUCCACAUGACCUGACAGCUCUUACUCUCUCCUUCCUCUGACUGCUAUACACUUUAGAAUGGUUUGCCUGGCUGGAGAUAGGUAGAAACAAUUGAGUUUCAGCCUAUCACUAGCUACCAAGGCAAACCUUUCUGGAGUGUACCAUAGUCAGAGGAAAGAUAGGGAGAUCGAAAGGACCCAGGUAGUCAAAUUUAGAGUUAGACUGUUUGAAAACAGUUUAAUCCCUGGCCCAGUGACUUAAGCCCCCUUAACAACUACAUAAGAUUAAGGUAUUAUAAGGACUGGAGUCAGAUGUUCGUUCAUGUAAUAAUAUCCAGACUGUAUUGCAGAAUAAUUGUACACUGUCUUCUCUGGUGUUCCACCAUGAUCUGUGACUAUUCUACUAUUCUUGGACCACUGGAGAGGUUUGGGAAUUAUCCGUAUCCAUGUUGCUGUAGAAGAGAUGCAGACCAGUCUUUCAUUCAAAAGGGCACGUUAUAAUUGCAAUCUAUGGACAUUGGACAAUCUCCCACAUUGCUAAUAGGUUUAAAUGUUAACAGUUGUGUGCUUCUGUCUUAGGCUGAUGGUGUAUGGUAGAUUUUUGACACUUAGUGUUGUGGUGAGAAGAACCAGCUUGCCAUGUACAGCCUAAGUGACAUAGGCCGAAAGAGAGAGAGACAGGAGGACAGGCAUCCACGCGGGUGGACAGACUGAAGGAUAAAUAUGGUCUGUGGACAUAUACACUUCUAAAUUUGAAAAGAGCAUUAUUUAAAAUGAUCAGCUGUCCUGAGAUUUCAACUACCUAGAUACCUAAUAACAAUCUACACAAAACAUAUUUAUGCUAAAUUGUUACCACUCAUUUACCCAGCCUCCAGUCCCACUCUUACCUUUUUCAUGUUUAUUUUGAUACCUCUUAUUUUAUCUACACAUUUUCACUGCUUUAUAAAGGACUUAAAAUUAUAAAAAAUUAGGAAUUGGAAAUAAAUUGCUAAAAUGUCUUGCUCUUACAGAUUACUGUGCCAGUAAGUUUGCUGCAAUCGGGUUUGCCGAGUCUAUUGGUCUUGAAAUGUUCGCUCUGGAGAAGACUGGAAUAAAGACCACUAUUGUUUGCCCCUAUUUCAUAAACACUGGAAUGUUUGAUGGAUGCUCAACCAAGUAAGGCCAUCUGACAAAUCUUUUAAUGCUGUUGUUUCUUUGUAGUAAUACUGUAGUUCUGUUAUAUUUAACAGAAUAAUCCAGCAUUAUAAAUAUUAUCACAUUUUACGUAUUUAGUCUUCUAGGUCCUCUUUCUCUGGCAUUACCUGUAAAUAAAAGGAGGAACUCAUCUGCAUCUCUUCUUCAAAAAGUGCAGAGACGGGCUACAAAAUUGAUAAAAGGAAUGGAGCAUUUAAUUAUGAAGAAAGGUUAAAAGAUUUAAAUCUCUUUAGUUUGGAAAAAACAGCGCCUCAGAGGGGAUAUGAUAACAUAAUACAAAUAUAUUCUGGGCCAGUACAAACCAUUAUCUGGAAAUCUAUUCAUAAACAGGGCUAUACAUAGGACACAAGGUCACGCAUUUAGGCUGGAAGAAAGGAGAUUUCAUCUAAGGCAAAACAAAGUUUGUGUUUUUUUUUACAGUAAGAGCAAUAAGGAUAUGGCAUUCUAUGCCUGAAGAGGUGGUUUUAUCAGAGUCCAUACAGAUGUUUAAACAGCAAUUGGAUAAAUCAAACCAACAAAUAUCAAGAUAAAAUCUUAAUAAAUGAGUGGAGCGCUUGAUAAUAUUUACAUGCAAUAAUUACCUGUAAAUAAAAAGGAGGAACUCCCACCUUUUUCUCACGGAGUUUAAAAAGCAGUAAAAUCAAAUGAUAAGCGUGUCUCCUAAGAGACUGAUAAGUGCUUAUCAUUUGAUUUUACUGCUUUAAAAAAAAAAAAAAAAAAAAGUUUAUAUGUUAAAUAAAUACCAGUUUUUUAGCACUUACCUGCCUUCUAGUCCCAGAUUCCAGAUAGGGGAGGGUCACCCUUAAAUAUUGACACCAAGUGUUCCCACCUUAGAGCCAAGACAUCAAUAGGCUCUUAAGAAGGUGAGAGUCCAUUUAUUAUAUACCUUUGACAUCAAUGGUGUUUAAAUAUACUACUCUAUAAGCUUUGUCUGCUUUAUCCUGAGAGAGAAUUCUGUGAGAAAAGGGUGAGGUGCCACCUAUAUGAGCACCAUUGCGCUUCAGUAGAGCCUUAAUCCGCAGGCUCUGAAGAUUGUGAGUUCUCUCAUAUUUACUUUUGUACUCCAUCUAUAUAUCAGUAUCAUCUGCACUAGUAUUUUAUUCGGUGUUCUUAUUCCCCUAUUAAAGUAUUCAAGUACAUCCGAAUCUCUAUACUUAAUUUAAUAAGGGGUAAGCAAUUAUCAAGCGCUCCACUCAAUUAUUAAGAUUUCAGCUUGAUAUUUGUUGGUUUGAUUUUGUGUUCAGGGGAGGGGGAAAGGUAGUCCCUCAAGGGUGUUAAGAGCUGCUAUUAUUUUCUAGACACUCUGUAAGCGCUUUCUCACACACUUACUCCUCGUGAGUUUUCUUCUCUCCAGGAAUUGGAUAAAUACUUGCAAAAACAUAACAUACAGGGAUAUAAUUUCUAAUUAGUGGGGUAAUAGCUGCUUUGAGAGGGUUAUUGUUGGGCAAGCCACUGAAAUGGUGAUUUAAACACUAUAGGGUCAGGAAUACAUGUUUAUGUUCCUGAACCUGUCGUUUUCCGUUAAGCCACAACAUCCAGUCUGUUUUGAAAAUUAUAACAUUUCACUUGAUUUUCACAUACAUUUAGUGCUAAUGGCUAUAGUGUUGUUUAAUGAGAAUGGAAACAAAAAAAUAAUAUAUUAGCUGUGAGAUUUGGUUUUAUCCUGUUUAUGUAAGUAAAAAUGUAUAAAAUACAUGACAAUGUAUUUAUCAUUCAGUUUAGAAUUUAAAAAAAGAUAGAGCUGAUAACUUUUUUUGCAAAAGUAGUUUGUAUGUGUGCUUAUUUUGAGUCUAAAUACUAAUAAAGAUCUUGACCACUUCCUUAAAGGGUCACUAUAAGCACUAAAACCACUCCAGUGGCAUAGAUUUGGUGUAUGCCGCUGCCGUGUCACUGCUCAAUUUUGUGCCAUUUAUGACUUAAAUCACUUUGUUUAUGCAGCCCUAACCACAUCUUCCCAUGGCGGAGACUCACACAGCCUUCCAGUGUGUUUAAUCUAGAAUUCCUUAUCUCUUGCUUUGCUUAUAGUUUGCUAUAGCCUGCCACCUGUGUUAAAUUAACUGAGCAGGCGAUAAGCACUUCUACACUAAACACACUGAGCUGAUUGAAAGUGAAAGCAUUUUGUCUGUGUGAGUCACAGCCAGGGGAGGUGUGGCUAAGUCGGUAUUAAUUAUUUAACUCCUAAAUGUCUGAGUAUUGAGCUGUAAUACUGCAGAUGCAUAAUCUAUAAGCACCAGAACAACUUUAGCUUAAUGAAGCAAUUUUGGUGUAAAAAACUUUGAAAACUUAGCAAAUGUACUGUACUAUAAUUAUGUUUUUCCUGUGUGUAAUCGACAAUGCUUUUUACAGGUGGCCAAAUUUUAUGCCAAUUUUAGAGCCUGAGUAUGCCAGUAAAAAAAUUGUGGAUGCCAUCCUGAAGGAGCAGGUGUAUCUGGUUAUGCCACGCAGCCUUUACAUUAUAUUUGGUUUUAAAAAGUAAGUGAUAAUCAUCUUUUGCUUCAAUACAUUGGUCAAUAUAGGAAACAAAAUGUUAGUGGUCACUUUCACUGUAAUGUUUUUAUACUCCCAUAAUCAUCACUGCAUCAUUUGUAAGCCCUGUAGGAGAUAGAUGGUCUAAAAUAGAGGAAGCAUUGUACCCAGCAGGCCGGGACUGGCAAUCAGGCAAACCGGGCAAAUGGCCAUGGACUGAGGCCGGCAGGGGAGAUCAUAGGAGGGAGGGAAGAUCUCCCUCACCGGCCCAUCGGCAGUGAUAUGCAGCAGGCAUCAAGAGAGAGAGGAGACCCGUAGGAGCUGUAAGCAGUUCCGCCGGGUUAUACCUCUCACGAGGUCGGAGCGUUGCCUACACACUGUCACCCUCCUACGACACACUGUUACCACCCCCACAUACACAGUGACUCUCCUACCACACACUGUCACCACACACACACACAUUGUCACCCCUCACACACACAUUGUCACCCCCCUCCCACAGAAUGCCAUCCCCUCACACACACGGUCACCCACACACACACACCUUUGAGGAGAUGCUGAUUGGUCGUGGUUGCGACAUCCUUGACCAUCUCAGCCAAUCCAAUGCUUUCCUAUUUGGAGGCAUUGUGAUUCGCUGAGAUCAUCACUACUGAUGAAGUCAGCCAAGGAGAAAGAUCAGGGGCAGAGCCAGCACCUGCUGGCUUGAAUAAAGGUAAAACUUUACUAUAUUUAAAAGGCAAGGGGUUGAGGGGAAGAGAGGGGAGGAGAGGUCAGGAGGUAGAUUGUAUUCCUGACCCUAUAGUGUUAAAAACACAGGUUUUUUUAGGUCUUUUUUUAUUGUAUUUUUUCUUUCUUUCUAUAUACUGAUUUUACGCUGUGAUUUGUUUUCUUUACUUAUUACAGAAUGGUGUAAUCUCUCUCCUGUUUUGUUUUUUCUCUUUAUUUUAGCAUUAUAUCUACAAAACUUGGUUUUGUUCUUGGUGAUUACUUUGGAGCAUUUCACUUCAUGGAUCAUUUCAAAGGCAGAGUUAAAAAGGAUUAAUAUCAACUUAAAACUACAUUUAAAAUGACAAGUGAAUGUUUCUAUCUACUAAUGAACUGUAUAUAGCAUUGCUUAAGUGCAUUCCAGUAAACUUAUAUUCCCUGUCUCAAUGCUUGAAAAACUAGACCAGGGGUAGGCAACCUAUGGCAUGUGCCAUGCGCGGCACUCGAGGUGACUUUCCACGGCACUCGACUACAAGAGCCAAACAGGCUCUGGCCUAUCGGGAGUCCCAGUAAAACUUUAGGUAUCUGCUAAUACGGAAAGGUGGUGAAGUACAAUCAAUUCAUGCACUGCAGCACGUAGAGGAAGUGAUCUCAAAAACCUUCAUUCCAGCACUUGUGAAUGGGAAUCCACAUUGGAGUAGAGCAGCCCACAGCUGCUGUUGCAGCUCCUGUCCUUGACUUGCACCUGGCCCCCCUGGAACCCAGGGAAGCCACCCACACUGCUAGAUAUACACAGAAAUGCAGAAUAACCCUCCUCUCAUACAAAUAAUACAAACAGCUCCCAGGCACACACACACACACACAAUCUGCACAAACAUAACACCACUAACAAUCCACAUACGUGCACACAACCCCACAUGCAGCCUCUCACACACAAAAUCACAAGCAGUACCACACAUAAUGUGACAUAUCCAUCCACACACACAAUUCCACAUGCAGCCCCCAACCACAGCCCACAUUCACAGGUAUCAUACAUGAUACCACAAAAUGAAUAUAUACAAUAUAAUAGCUCAUUUACACACAAAUACAAUGAUACAAAGCAACUGUAGUAUAAAUAACACAAGCAGAAUACGGCAACAUACCCACUCCAAUUUAAAAAUAUAGGAAUGGCACACUAUGGGACAUCACAAUUCUAUUUCGGCACAGUGCUGCUAAAAGGUUGCCUACCCCUGAACUAGACCAAUGUUCUAAAUACAAGUCAUACAAAAAUAUGUUUUAUACUACCAGCAGUUGUCAAACAAGUUUUGAACUUUUUCCUCUCAAUCUUUACCUGGAUCUGUUUGUGAUUUUCCAUUUACUAAAAUAAUUUUUUUUAUAAUAUAUGUGAUUUUUUUACUGAUUGAUGUAAAGAAAAAAAAAAGUUUGUAAAAAUCCAAUGAAUCAGUUGAAAACAGAUUAUUAGCAAUAAUGUGCAAUACUUCUACUGUAUUGUUCCAUGUUAUCAUUUAGAAUGCAUUUCUAAUAUGUAGCUACUUAUAAAGCUUAAAAUAGAUUCAGUGAAAGAAAGGGCAGGAUGAUGUUAAAGAGUGAAUAUUAGUUUUUAUAUUUAAAUAGAGCUUCAUUUCCAUCACUUUGAGAACUUGAAGUGGAAUUGUGGUAUAAAAACCAUAUACAAACAAAACACAUUCAAAAAUAUUGAAUGUGUUUUGUUUGUAUAUGGUUUUUAUACUCUUAUGCAUAAACCAAACAUUCUGAAUUGCAAUAAGUCAUAUUGCAGUUUAUUUUAGGCACUAAGAAUGCUCUAUCUUCAGGGCUUAAUUACUACUUGCUUCAGGCUAAUACAGGACAGGCUGUAGAUGACGUAGCAUGCGUCGCUGCAUCCUCAUGGACCGCGGCUGAGGGAGCGAUCGAGAGAGCCGACUAAAGCGAAGGAGACGACCAAUCUUAUCUAGAGUGUCAUUUGGGGUGCCACAUAGAAACUGAGAAGUUGGGGAUGUAGGGAGCUACCUUCGACGGAUAGAUCUACAGCCAGGCAGAUACCCCAACGGAUAAACACAAGGGAACCUAACAGAAUAAAACAGCAACAGAAAACACAAGCUAAGUGCCAGUUGCUACUAAGCUGUCUGUUUACUUACACUAUAUGUUUACUAUGCAGGGGCUUGCAUAAAUAUUGGGUCUCCUGAAAAUUAAUGGACCCCUAAGAAGAGACAAAAUAGGGUUGAUAUGGAAAACUGGAUACAGGGGGCAAUACAUGAUUUAAAGAUUAUUUAAAUCAAGUUAAUUUCUGCCGAUAAUGUGGAACAGACUACUAAAAAGGUCUGUAGUGUGCUAGGGGGAAUUGCCCAGAGGCUUCAGUCACUUCUAGUGCUUUUCCUUUUAGUUAUUUGUCUGGAUUUAUUUAUUUUUGCUGUCACACCACUUGCACUUCUCCCCUACUCCUGUUAAUUAGCACAAUUUUAUGCGCAACAAAAUAGAAAGGGAAGAGGAAAGGGAGGAAGCAAUAAGGAUAGUACUAGCCUAAACAGCAUAUAAACUCCAGAAAAAAGAGUAACCCUAAAAUACAAAUUAAAAUAAAAAUAGCUACAAAAAGACACAAAAUGGCAAGCACCUAAAAGAAAAAAAAAAAAAAGCCUGAAAAUAAAACAGAAAAACGUCCUUUCCUUCUUUUCACCAAACCUAUCAAGCAAUAAAACAAACCUGGAGGAAUCUCGUCUCUCUAAUAUCCCAUCAGAGGACGGCACCAAUAAAGGACAAGCGGAAGAAAUACAAGGUUCAUGAGAAGGAAGAUAUUAAUAUGACAACUUACUCAGACACUUAUACACAAUUUGUAAAUUUGAGAAAAGAAAUCCAAGCUAAUACUCUAGACCAGGGAUAGGCAACAUUCGGCACUCCAGAUGUUGUGGACUACAUCCCCCAUAAUUCUCUAACACACAUAAUGCUGGCAAAGCAUCAUGGGAGGUGUAGUCAAAAACAUCUGCGGUGCCGAAGGUUGCCUAUGCCUGCUCUAGGCAUAAAGAAAGAACUGUUGACUCUUAACCUGUGGGGAUAUUUAUGGGAUAAUAAUAGUAACAGUGAGAAUUGCCCACUAAUUCAAUUCUCAGAUCCCAAAGGUCGUUAUCGUGUUAAGUGAAAAGUAUUUCAUAUAAAUAAAAUCACAAUUUUGUUAUAAAAAUAGAUUUUAUUUUAUAAUAACAAUUAAUUAACAAAUAUUAUGUAACAUGCGUGACAAUAAUCAAUGAAUAUCCAGUAUGAAAUGAUAUGCAAUACAAUGGAAUGGGUAUACACGUUUCAAUGGCUAAACAGCAUUUUCUGUCAAGACUUACACGAUUUAUGAGGGUAUCCUUACAGACUGAAAGUGAAGCUUUUCACAGCGAAGGGCCAUAAAACCAUGGCUAACAGUUAGAUCAACUGAAUAACCCUUUCAAUGCUGGCUAGAUCUCCUA